AUGGUAUAUGAUGGGACUGGGAGUAUGACGUUGCUGCUGUGGGAUAGAGAAACAACCCAGCUUUGUGGGAAAGCAGCUGACAAGAUUAUGGAAGAGGAGGAGUCUAGAGGAGAUGAGUAUCCAGCAACUCUUGAUGCUAUGAUGGACAGGAAAUUACUAUUCAAGAUUAAUGUCAAAACUGCCAAUAUAAAACAGUAUGACCAAGUAUAUACUGUGAUGAAAAUCUGUGACGACGAUGACUUGAUUGAAAAAGUACAAUCAAAGGGGGUCCAAAGCAUUCCAAGUUCAAAUAUUACUGAAAAUGGGUGCAGUAACUCAAUUGAUACUUCAGCGAAUGUGGUCAACCUUAACACUGAUACUGAUCCUCAGCUGUCUAUGGAUUUGGUGGAAGAGUGUGUUGAUAGUAUCAAGUCCAAAACUCCAGCUAAAAGAACUCCCGGGUGUCUAAAGUCUGCCCCGCUGAUACUGAAUGACAUUGAUGAGGAAGGACAGUUCUCUACCAAUAAAGUUAACAAAAAGGGGGACAAGAGGCAGAAAUUCUGGAUUAAUGAUCCUAACAAUUGA